AUGAAGAUAAAUCAACUAGACCAAAACGAAAUUGAAUCAAAAUAUAUCUGAAAUAUGUGCAAAAGCAAUAUUAAUACGAUACAAAGAUUUAGAUGAUUUUGUAAUAGAUUAUUCCCAGGAAUCAAUGGAUUUUUUGAUAUCAGAUAUUGAAUGGCUCUUCCCAAUAAUCAAUUUUUUGGGAUAGCGAGUGCGCGUUUUCUGCUGUUCUUAUUCAUAUCAGAUGAAAAUUUUAAUAUAAAUCCAAUAAAAAACUCCUUAUACCAGAAGCAUGCUCCUUAUUCAGGCUAUUUUUCCUCUUGCUUUUAUGAUGAUUCUAUUUUUGUCUUAGAACAGGAGCACGAAGACAGCAGUAGCAUUGAUAGCUUUAAAAGAUACAUUAUUUCUCAGAAUAAAUGAAUGAAUUAA